ACCACUUUUCAACCAAAACUUCUCAAAAUAAGAAGCUGCUGGCCCCGCCACCAAAAUGCGGGACAAAUGCUGUCCCUAGAGGGGCCAACAUUUCAUCCCUGUCAUGAGGGACGUCCUGCGCACUGAGGGACAGUUGGCAACCCUAAUCCUUACCCCCACACACACACGCACACACCCCUGCUGGCCUCCGGCUGACCCCCGGCCCCCUCCCUGACGGGCCCUGCCAUCGGGCGGGUGGGGGACCCUCUAGCAACAGAGCUUCCAUCUGCGUAGCGGCCACAUCCAACUGCCGCUCUGCGUAGUUGCCAUAGCAGCGCUUGAAAAGUCCUCCUGUGCUGCAGAACCCCGAAGCAUGAAGCUGAAGCCCAGCCAGCGGAGGGGGGCUUGGGGGGCACAGAGGGGGGAGGCAGGAGCCAGGACAUCUAGCAGGCGGGGCAGGGCGGGGCGCGUCACCCACACAUGAUGCCCCACGCCCACCUCUCAGCUGCGGCAACUCGCUUCUUUUAUUAUUUUGAUUUAUUUCAAAUGUGGACUGUUCUUCAUGUGGGUUCCUCCUAAACCAUCCUGCUGAGAGGUGGCCUCUCAAUGUGGUAAAUACGGCACAUCACAGAUGAUCAGAUUCUGAGCUGACUCUGUCCAGAUGAAGAAGAAAAAUACCUUCCCAUUCUAUAUGGAGCUGAAAUAUGGGGAUAUGAUGGCUCAGCGCUGAGGAGUGUUCAAGAGGCUUCUUUAUGCCAAAAGGAUGGGCAAGGCAGAUCGCUAUGUGCCCAUGAGGCUAAGUGGCUCUCCUGCAGGUGACAGCACUCCAGGGCCAGUGAGGACUCGCCUCAUCCAGAUUUCGGUGACUUCUCCUAAAGAGAUAACGAGGCAGCAGAAGCCACUGCAAAGAAAAGAAGGAGCUCCAGGUUCAGCCACAGAUUCCACGAAGGCUCCAGUCAUCAAGACAUCUGGGACUCUUGCCACAGAGACAGCUGGGCAACCGAGACAUUUGCACAUAGAUGAGGAAGGAGAAGGAGGAGAAGAAAUAAAGAAACAGAAGAAAUGUAUUCCAGAAGAAGAAACCAAUGAAGACAUUUACUGCAAAGCCCUGGCGAAAACUCUGCACCACAUUGCCCUGCCUGUGACGGUGGGGUUUUAUGCACCGUGGGGGCAGAACAAAAAAUGGCUUUCAGACGGAAUCCAAGAUCACAUGUCCCAGAAAGGCAAACCAAAUAAGGAUGGGAAAGAAGGUGCAAGCAACAUGCAGUCUGCCUUUUGGCUUUUCUGGCAUAUAAUGUUUUAUCUCCCUGUCUCCAGUUCAAUAAAGCCCCCAAAGGUCCGGUAUCUCUUCCUCCACUUUGAUGCCUGGGAGUAUGUGGGGUGUGACCACACCUGGGCCGGCCUCGUCGCCACGCUGCUGGAUGAGAUUGAAGGAAAGAAUAUCGUUCCUUUCAGCGUUUUCAGGGCCUUUGGCGGGGAAUUCAAGGAAGAGCCUGGGAAAUGCGGGAAGCAAUGGGUCCUGAAACCCUGGAGCCGGAGCUUCUUUGUCUGUGGCUCCUUCCUCUUCGUUGUCUUUACUCUUUGCAUGGUGCUGCUGCGGGAAACAGCGGAAGGCCAUGUCUGGAGGAACAUGGGAUAUGUCGUCUUGCUUGUGGUGGUCACAUUUUCGUUCCCUUUCCUGUGCGCCUUGAAAAACGUCUGCUUCACACUGAAAAGGAAGCUUCAGAGAGAAAUGAAGAGAAAGGACCGCAGCGCCCAGCUGGGCUUCAUGCACUCCGUGAAGCAAGAGGUGGAAACCAUGAUUCGUUUUCUCCAGUUCAUGGCCUUGAUAGAGGAAAAAGAAAUCCGGGUGGUCCUGAAGAUCACCAAUUUGGACCUGUGUGCCCCAGACAAGGUGGUGGCUGUUCUAGAUGCCAUGAGGCUGCUUCUUUGCACCAAGAAGGCUCCGUUUAUCUCCCUCUUGGCCGCUGACCCCCAUAUCCUGGUGGAAUGUAUUCAGUGGUCAAACAACACCUGCAACAAUGGGUAUUUAUACUUGGACCGAAUCGUGUCCUUGUCCUUCUCUCUGCCCCAGAUGAGCUGCAAGGCCAAAAGGCAGCUGCUUAAGGAGAAUCUGAACAGAGGAGGAAGAAAGAAACAGGAGGAGGACUCUGUGAUUGAUCCAGAAGCUCAGAAAAAGGACAGCAAGAGCAGCAAAAAAGCCAAGAGCUCCUUGACGGCAGAGGAAAUGCAACAUGUCCUUCGAUACCUGAGUAAUGAGAGUGUCAACCAAUACAUCCCAGGGAAUUCCAUCCAGAUGAAGAGGGCGGUGAACGCAGUGCUGACCAUCUUGACCAUGGUCAGACUGGGAUUUAAACCCAAACUCAAAUUGCAGACUGAGGGGAAAGAAGAUCAACUGACAAUCGAAGAGGUGAUAGACUGGGUUAUCCUUGCCCAUUGCUGGCCUUGCCGCUUGAGCUGGAUUUUGCAAUGCGAGGAGGACGAGCGGCAGCAGAGAAACCUGGAGGAAAGCCAGGCUGGGAGCCCCCAGCAGAAGCAGGCCAAUGGCCAAAGCAGGGAAGGCAAGCCGCAGGAAGAAGAGGGGGAGAAAGGGGGGCAAAGGUUGCUGGCAUUUUUUGAAGAGAACGCUUUGGAGCUGGAUGAGAUGAAGUAUAAGGUCAAAAGGCUCCUGGAACUCGAUGGAGACCCUGAACUCUUCAGAAACUUCCUGCAGAAAAGCCACUUCACCGUGGAGAGGGCCAGGUAUUUCGCCGACUUUCUCAUCAACUUGGAUUUCUCUUUGAAAAGGCAGCUUGAGUUGCUUCGGGAUCUAAAUAGCAUAGCCAGGAGAAAGAAAAGCAGCAAUGAGGCGCCACCCACAGCAAAGAAAAGCGUUGGCUAGCCCAGGAGUUCCCAGUCUUGGGUCUCAGGUGUUUUUGGACUACGGCUCCCAUCAUCCCCAGCAGCAUUCCCACUAACAGAGAAUUCCAGAUGUCGUUGACGACAACUCCCAGCAUCCCCAGCUGCGAUGGCUUUUGGCUGGGAAUUAUGGGAGUUGUAGUCAACAUCAUCUGGGAUUCCCUGUGAGAGGGGACACUGAUCCCCAGCCACAAUGGCCAUAGGAUGGGAGGUGUAGUGCCAACAUCAUCUGGGCACCCAAGGUUGGGAACCCCUGGGCAGGAGUGUGUGGAAAAGGGAUCAACAGUUCAGGAGAUUCCCUAUGCAAUAACUAAAAUGAAAAAAGCAUCAAACUGUGUCCCAGGGACCUGAAAAUGCAUAUGGCUAAGGACCUUGGAGAUCUUUUGGGCUCUACCGCUUCCCAGGGCUCUGCUGGUAUUUUAUUUUAUUUUUAAAUAAGAAUUUCAUGGACCAUCAAGAACCAGAAGCAGUUUUUCACUGCUAAUUAGCAAUUUGGUACAAAUUCUAAGUAUAGAUCUUGGAGUGCCAUUUAGGCAGUUGUCUCCCUUCUCCUUGUUUUGGACACAUUCAAUUAUUCUUGAGAAGCAUGUGUCUCUCUGGCUAUUAUGAGGUAUAAAAAGUGUUCUAACAUUCACUGUGUUUUUGCCAGGUGGAGUAAGGAGGCUUUGAACUUGUUGGCAAUCUUGCCCCACUCUACACCUGACUUCCCUCUCUUUCCCCAUCAGACCUUGAGAUGGAACUUCUGCAUCAAUUAUUGGACAAUGCGGCAUUGCUAGAAUUAAAAGGGUG